GUAUAACUUGAAUAAAGACCGAGAUGAGGGAAUCGUUCCUUCAUACGGAACGACGUGCGAAAUGCCGCUGAUAGGCUAAUUAGCCGUGCUAGCCGCUGGAGGUUAGCCCAGCGCUAGGACACAGAAGUUCAGCUAGCCUGUUAGCCAGUUCUCAUCCCUAUUGUGUACAGGCGACGACCACUUAUCGCCCACCCCCACCAUUAUCCCCGAGCAAGCUUCUAAUCUGCUCGGGGCGGUUAUCACUCGGUGUAUAGCUCUUGGCCAAGAAAAUUAACUUUAUUUAUCUUUCGCUUCACUUUUAGUCGAGGUUAGCAGGUAAAGUCACGCGACGUCUUUUCCGCGUUUUAGCUUUUGUUAAGAACGCUUGCUUGCGGUUUACAUUCUGUCCGGUGACCGAAGUUUUGCGGCCACUCCGGCUACACUUGAUACUCGAUGUGGACGGGACAAAACACAGCUCGGAACACCUGCCGCUGCCCUUGUAUCCUGUAAGAGAUGUGUUGCCGGAACUAUCGAUAGGAACCUAAAUGAGGACCAUGGAGUAGCAGGCUUAAUAUUAGCAGCUAGCUGAUUAGCUCCUCACUGCACAACACACCCCCCUCCAUCCAGUCCCCUCCAACUCUAGGCCUCCCUAGCAGCCAUGGCAGACCCUGGGAUGUUGAGUUUAUUUGGGGACGAUGCAGGGCUGUUCUCAGAUGGAUUAGAUGGUUUAGGAGACUGCUUUCCUCAGCAGCCUACUCCUGCCCAGUCCAACCCGCUGGCCCAGCAGACUAAUCCCUCUCUAAACCACGAGCACCAGGGAAACCGAGGUUUUCACCAGGGGAUGAUCCAUGGCACUGGGCCUGGCCCAGGGCAGCCUAAAUUGGGGCAGAUGUACGAUCACGGCCCCUUCACCGGCUAUGAUCAACCUGGUGCCCCGGGAGGACGCAUGAUGGCUCAGAAUGGUCCCAGCCAGGCGGCACCAAACGUGAACACAGCCAUGAAUGGCAUGGCUUCCCACUACCAUAAUAACCCAGCUAACGCUAGCAACCCCCAUCAUGGGUACCCAGGUGAUGCUACAGGAGCAGGGGGUGGGGGUGCAGGUGGCGUUUGGGGCCAGCAGCAACAGAACAGAUCAGCUUAUCAGCAGCCUCCAGCACAACCAGGAGGUGGCCCCAACCAGAUGGGGGGUUACCAGAUGUCUCAAGGCAACUAUGGUGGAAUGCAGGGCCCACCUACAUCCACAGCAGCUCGCAUGAACCAACACUACCCUCCACAGAGCAUGGCACCCCCCUCUGCUCAGGAUGCAUCUCACUACCUGGGACAUGUUGGAAUUGGGGGGGCCCAAAUGAGACAGCCGCCACCACAGCAGCAACCCCAGGGCUAUCCCAACAUGGGCCAUACAUCCAGAUACCCACCCUCCCCUUCCCGACAGCCUCCACACCCCCACCAGCACCAACAGGGCAUGGGGGGGUUUGGUGGUGGCCAAUACCCAGGCUAUCAGGGCCAGUAUGCAGCCAUGGGACCUGGGAUGGGCCAGGGUGCUAGUGCAAAUGUUAAUGCUAACACCAGCCAGGCCAUGGGACCAGGGCAAAUUGGCCAGAGGUUUAACCAGGGAUCAGGCCAGGGAGCUGGGCAACAGGGGCAGCGAUAUCCCCCUGGACCACCACACCAAUCACAGCCCCAUCAGACCCAUUCUGUCCCUCUUCAGCAGCAGGCAGGGCAGCAGGGCCAGCCUAUGCACCCCCUAAACCACCCCCAGAAUCUGCCCCAGUCUCAGAACCAGCCCCAGUCCCACCUUGCCCCCCCAUCUCAGGGAUCUUACCCCUCCCCCUCAUCCAUGUCCCCCAUGCGGGUAAUGGGAACCCCAACUCCUCCUCCCCAACAGGGCAGACCUCCUAGUGCAGGAGUAACUGGAACCCCAGAGGUUGCAGGAUACACAUCCAUGCAGUCUCCACCCAAUGCUUUGGCCCAUCCACAGAGAACUCCCCAAACUCCUCUGUCCACCCAACACCAGCAGCCCCACAGCCUGCCCCCUAAUGCAGGACAGAUGUAUCCUGGCAUCGGGCUGCAGCGUGGUCCACAAUUGGGUCCAAGCAGGCCUCAGAUCCAGCAGCAGCAAGGGCCUCAUGAAGCUCCAGUCAGCCAGACUGGAGAACAGCGUCAUCUCCAGCCCCAGCAGCAGGCCUCUCGAAGCGGGCAGCCCCAGCAGCCCACUCCCAUGGGUUUCCAGGGUCCAACUACCACUCAACAUGGUGUUCAAGCCCCAAGCCAGGGCCUAGCACCACCAGCCCAGAAUGCUCAGACGCAGCACACACACCUGCCCCCCCAACACCUUGCCCCUACCCCAAACCAGGCCCCCCACCCAUGGGCGUCUCUGCCACCAGCCUCCCAUCUAGUCUCCUCACCCCCUCUUACUCCACAGAAAGUGCCUCACAUACAGCAUUCCCCCACUGACCCGUCAGGCGAUGCCUCAAUGAUGGUUCCUGACAGGCUGCCAGUCGGCACUGGUGCCCCCGGCCAGCCUAUCAGCACAGAGCAUCCCAGCGACCAGGAGACCAAGCCAAAAAAGAAGAGGAAGAAGAAGGCAAAAGUAGUGGACAAAGAGGAAGAAGAGGGAGGAAAGAAGGCUGAAGGAGAGGAAGGCAAGUCUGAAAUUCCUGGGACAGGAAGUGAUACGGGUCAACAGGCUACUGGUACAGGAAUUGUAGAGGGGAAUUCAACACCCUUGGAGGAGAAGAAAAAACGAAAAAAGAAACCAAAGGAGAAGACGGAGCCCAAGGAGCCCAAGACGCCCAAGACACCCAAAACACCAAGGACCCCCAAAGAGCCCAAGGAGAAGAAAACCAAGAGUUCCAAGACCAAGACCCCCAAGAAAACCAGCAGUAAGAAGGUUGAGGUUGAGGGCGGAGCUAGCAUUGCUAAGAAGGAUCCCAAGAGGAAGAGAGAGUGCUCUGUCAGCGAUGAUGUGGAGGUGAAGUCUCCACCCCCCUCACCUCCUGAAGAUGAAGAUGAUGAUGGUGUACAGAAGCGUCGUUCCAGCCGUCAGGUGAAGAGAAAGAGGUACACAGAGGAUCUGGAGUUCAGGAUCUCAGACGACGAUGACAGCGCCAACGACUCACCAGCACCUAAGUCCCCUUCACAACAGGCUGAGGCUGAGGGGCCUGUUGUGGAGAAGAUCAUGGGCCUGCGCACUGCAAAGAAACAGCUGGAGUCAGGGAAUGAAGUGGAGGUGGAGGAGUUCUAUGUCAAGUUCAAGGGCUUUUCGUAUCUCCACUGUCGCUGGGCAGAUCUGGAGGAGCUGGAGAAGGACAAGAGAAUACACCAGAAGGUCAAGAGGUUUAGGGCCAAGCAACAACUCAACAGCUUCAUAACUGAGAUGGAUGAUGAGCCUUUUAACCCGGACUAUGUUGAGGUUGACCGUGUCCUGGACGUCUCAGAGAGCACAGAUGAAAACGGAGAGACGGUGACUUUGUAUUUGGUGAAGUGGUGCAGUCUGCCUUACGAAGACUCCACCUGGGAGCUGAAGUCCGACAUCGACCAGUCCAAGAUAGAGGAAUAUGAACACAUCGCAGCACGCACACCCAACACUAAGAGAGUGGAUCGGCCGCCAGCAGCUGACUGGAAAAAGCUGGAAGGCUCCAGGGAUUACAGGAACAGCAACGCACUCAGGGAAUACCAGCUGGAGGGCCUCAACUGGCUUACCUUCAACUGGUACAACUCACGUAACUGUAUCUUGGCCGAUGAGAUGGGUCUAGGAAAGACCAUCCAGUCCAUUACAUUCCUCUAUGAGAUUUACAUGAAGGGCAUUCAGGGGCCAUUCCUGGUCAUUGCCCCACUUUCCACCAUCCCAAACUGGGAGAGGGAGUUCAGGACCUGGACCGAGCUCAAUGCAGUGGUCUAUCACGGCAGCCAGGCCAGCCGCAAGACCAUCCAGGCCUACGAGAUGUACUACAGAGAGGCACAGGGUAAAAUAAUUAAGGGAGUGUAUCGGUUCCACGCGGUCAUAACGACCUUUGAGAUGAUUCUGACUGACUGUCCAGAGCUUCGCAGCGUGCCAUGGCGCUGUGUGGUGAUAGAUGAGGCCCACCGCCUCAAAAACCGAAACUGCAAACUACUGGAAGGACUCAAGAUGAUGGACAUGGAGCACAAAGUUCUGUUGACAGGAACUCCUCUCCAGAACACGGUGGAGGAGCUCUUCAGCUUACUUAACUUCCUGGAGCCUGAGCGGUUCCCAUCUGAACAGACAUUCAUGACUGAAUUUGGAGACCUUAAGACUGAAGAACAGGUUCAGAAACUGCAAGGUAUUCUGAAGCCCAUGAUGUUGAGAAGACUGAAGGAGGACGUGGAAAAAAAUCUGGCCCCUAAAGAAGAGACCAUCAUUGAGGUGGAGCUGACCAACAUCCAGAAGAAAUACUAUCGGGCCAUUUUGGAGAAGAAUUUCACCUUCCUGUCCAAAGGAGGCACAGGAGGAGGCGGCGGUGGAGGAGGUGGAGGAGGCGGCGGAGGAUCCAGUGUCCCCAACCUCCUCAACACCAUGAUGGAGCUGAGGAAAUGCUGCAACCACCCCUACCUCAUUAAUGGAGCAGAGGAGAAGAUCGCAGAGGAGUUCAGGGACUCCCACGGGACAGACGUAGCAGAUAUGGCACUCCAAGCCAUGAUCCAGGCCGCUGGCAAGCUGGUGCUCAUUGACAAGCUGCUGCCCAAACUGAAGGCUGGCGGACACAGAGUCCUGGUGUUCAGUCAGAUGGUCCGUUGUCUGGACAUCCUGGAGGACUACCUCAUCCAGAAACGAUAUCCAUAUGAACGUAUUGACGGCAGAGUUCGUGGUAACCUGCGCCAGGCAGCCAUCGAUCGCUUCUCCAGACCAGAUUCAGACCGCUUUGUCUUCCUGCUAUGUACAAGAGCUGGAGGACUGGGUAUCAACCUGACUGCAGCAGAUACCUGCAUCAUCUUUGACUCUGACUGGAAUCCUCAGAAUGACCUGCAGGCUCAGGCCAGGUGUCAUCGUAUUGGCCAGUCCAAGGCGGUCAAGAUCUACCGUCUGAUCACCAGGAACAGCUACGAGAGGGAGAUGUUUGACAAGGCCAGUCUUAAGCUGGGGCUCGACAAGGCCGUGCUUCAGAGCAUGAGUGGACGAGAGAAUGCCAAUAGUGGGGUCCAACAAUUGUCCAAGAAGGAGAUCGAGGACCUUCUAAGAAAGGGAGCGUAUGGAGCUCUGAUGGAUGAAGAAGACGAAGGCUCCAAAUUCUGUGAGGAAGACAUCGACCAGAUCCUCCAGAGACGAACACACACCAUCACCAUUGAGUCUGAGGGCAAGGGCUCCACCUUUGCUAAGGCCAGUUUUGUUGCAACAGGUAACCGGACAGACAUUUCUCUUGAGGAUCCAGACUUCUGGCAGAAAUGGGCCAAGAAGGCCGAGCUGGACCUGGAUGCCAUUAACGGACGGAACACACUGGUGAUUGACACACCAAGGGUGAGGAAGCAGACACGGCACUACAGCAGCGUCAAAGAGGACGAGAUGCUGGAGUUCUCUGAGCUGGAGAGCGAAGACGACGAGCCAAGCAAACCAUCUUCCAAACCACGACGACCCCAAGACAAAACCCAGGGCUACCCUCGAUCUGAAUGCUUCAGAGUGGAGAAGAACCUGCUGGUCUACGGGUGGGGUAGGUGGAGUGACAUCCUCGCUCAUGGUCGCUUCAAGCGCCCCCUGAAGGAGGUGGAUGUGGAAACGAUCUGCCGAGCCCUCCUUGCCUAUUGCCUGCUGCAUUACCGUGGCGAUGAGAACAUCAAGAGCUUCAUCUGGGACCUUAUCGCCCCAAGUGAAGAUGGGACCACCAAGACGCUGACAAACCACUCUGGUCUCUCUACCCCAGUCCCUCGAGGCAGGAAGGGCAAGAAGGGGAAGCCCCAGGCCCCACCUCCACAGACUCCACGAGCUGAUUGGCUGCACAGCUGCAAUCCUGACCACUUGCUGCAAGAGGAUAGCUACAAGAGACACCUCAAACAUCACUGUAACAAGGUGCUGCUGAGGGUAAGGAUGCUGUAUUAUCUGCGACAGGAAGUAAUCGGUGACCAGGCUGAGCGCAUCCUGGAAGGAGCUGACUCCAGUGAGCUGGAUAUCUGGAUCCCCCAGCCAUUCCAUGCCGAGGUCCCAGCUGACUGGUGGGACAGCAACGCAGAUAAAGCCCUGCUCAUCGGUGUCUUCAAACACGGCUAUGAGAAGUACAACUCGAUGCGAGCUGACCCCACCCUGUGUUUCUUGGAGAAGGUGGGCAUGCCAGACGCCAAGGCUAUCGCCGCUGAGCAGAGGGGUUCCGACAUGAUGGCAGAUGGCGUCGAGGGUGAGGAUGAGGAUCCAGAGUACAAACCCCUGCGGAUGCCUUUCAAAGAUGAUAUGGAUGACUUCACCAAUUCUCCACUGGAUGACAAAGAUGAAACGGUGGAAGGUGAAGCCGAAGCUAAAUCCGGUGAAAACGGUCAAAGUGUGCCCACUGUAGAUGGAGCUUCAGGCUCCAACGAGCGUCUGUAUUGGCCAGCAGCCUCAGCUCUGACUGCCCGUCUGCGUCGACUCAUCACGGCCUACCAGCGCUCCAACCGCAGAGAGCAGCUCCGUCAAGAGGCCCUCAACCGGCCCGAUGGUCGCAGGCGACGACGCAGGGAAUUCCUGCCUUCCAUCACCAUGGUUACAGAUACAGGAGGAGGGGCAGCAUACAUCCAAGAUGCACCAGGAGUGUUCAUGGCAGAAGGAAACCCAUAUCUGGCUAAAGGAGGUGCUUACUUUGCCAAAGGUGGGCAGUUCAUGGCAGAGGCAUCACCAGUGAUUACUGCCAGCACUCUGAUGGCUGAUGGAGCCAUGUACUACAAGGAGAGAAGACAAAGAUGGACUCGUCGCGAGGAGGCUGAUUUCUACCGUGUGGUGUCCACCUUCGGAGUCGUCUUUGACACCCAGUGCCAGAAAUUUGACUGGACACAGUUUAGAGCCUUUGCUCGACUCGACAAGAAAACGGAUGAGAGCUUGGAGAAAUAUUACUUCUCAUUCAUUGCCAUGUGUAAACGUGUCUGCAGAAUGCAGGUCAAGACUGAAACAGAACUUCCUGACCCUACUCUGAUCAUUGACCCCAUCACGGAGGAGCGUGCUUCUCGUACACUGUACCGCAUCGAGCUGCUCCGCCGCAUCCGAGAGCAGGUUCUCCCUCAUCCGCAGCUCUCUGAGCGUCUCAAGCUCUGCCAGCCCUCCCCUGAUCUCCCAGAGUGGUGGGAGUGUGGCCGCCAUGACCAGGACCUCCUCCUGGGAGCCUCUAAGCAUGGUGUAAGCCGGACAGAUUAUCACAUUUUAAACGACCCUGCUUUAGCCUUUCUGGAGGCACACCAGCGCUUUACCAAUCAGCCAGGGGUUGGGGUUUGCGUGGGAGCCCAGGGAGAGAUCCGAAAAGCUGGGAUGGGGGCAGCAGAAAGUACCCCUACAGCCGUCCUCACCCCCGCAGAGCUGGAAAGUGCAGCCACUGCUGCUAAGAUUGCUGUUAAAGCAGUUAAAGAGGAGGAGGGAGAAGGGAAGGAGGUGAAAACUGAGGAAGGGAAGCCAGAGAUGGAGGAGAAAAUGGAUACAGAGGGAGGAGAUGCCAACGACAUUCCAUGUACCAAGUCUGAAACUGCUGAUGAACCAAAGGCAAAUCAGGAAGAGGUUAGAGAAGGGAAAGACGAAACCACUGCUUCAGCGAAGGAGGAGGUGAAGACAGAAGAAGAGAUCCAUCCCAAAGUAGAAAAAGAGGAGCAGGAAGAGACUGAAGAGGAGAAUAGUACAGAAAGAGAGAAGACUUCCAAGCCAGCGGAUGACCAAGUCAAAGACUUUACAGAAGAGAAACCUCUUCCCUGUGAGUCUUCUGUGCACCAGAAAGAGAUGAAGGCUGAGCUCCCAGAACAUCAUGAAACCUCUCCUGAAGCACAGCCAGGCAACAAGACUACAGAGGAGGAAGACAGAGAAGGGAAGGAGAACCCUGAGUCUCCUAAAUCUCUCAAGUCAGCUGACACAGAAAAAAGCCCAGAGGAACAAGAUGAAGAGAGGAUGGAUGAGGAUGACAAGUCGGAGAAAUCCUCCCAGCCUGAAACGAGUGCUGUUUUAGAGCAGAAGAACUUUGAUGAGGAGAGUAUGGCAUCUGUGAGCACAUCGACCCAAAACGAAACCAGAGAUGGGUUCUGUCCCGAAGACAUGCCGGAAACGUCUACACUGCAGGCCUUACAGGAGCGCUCCUAUGGUUUCUCUUUCUGGCCUAAGGAUCGAGUGAUGAUCAACAGGAUGGAUAACAUCUGCGAGGCCGUCCUUAAAGGCAAGUGGCCUGUCAACAGACGCCACAUCUUUGACUUCCCCAGCAACUUGUUGCCAGGACAUGGCUCCACGGUAACCGCAGCGACCGUAGCCACGGCGACUGAGAGCCCACUGCAGAGACGGAGCCUGGCCCAGCUGACGAUGGCUGGCAUCCAUACACCCUACAGUGGGAGUGAAGAUAAAACACAAUCCCCACAGGUUCAUGAGGAUGCUCUGAGCCUGACGGUACCUCGACAGAGGAGGAGGAGGAGGAGGAAGAUUGAGAUCGAGGCGGAGAGGGCAGCCAAGAGACGUAACUUGAUGGAGAUGGUGGCUCAGCUGAGAGAGACCCAUGCUGCUUCAGAAUCCCAGAGCCAGGCGAUAGACCUCACCAAGGGUGUGCAUCAUCACCACAAGGCCUCUCCCUCAUUAACUGGCUUUCCCAGUGCCCUGGUGACAAGCCCCUCCCUCAAAGCUCAGAUGGACUUGUUGCAGCAAGCCUCACCCUCUGCACACAGAGCCAAUGGUUCAAUGGAGGCUGACCUGCCAAUCAUGAGGCGAAGGCGGGGCCGCAGGAAAAAUGUAGAGGGCAUGGAACUGCUGUUCAUGGGCAACAAGAGAGCAGGAGGGGAUGAUCCUGAGGAGACAAAGAUGUCAGGGGUUGAGGGUGUUCAGGGUCCUGCCCGUGCCCAGAGACCCCUCACCGUCCUCGAGCAGGGCCCCAGUGCCAGAUCUCGGGCCUCCAGCAGUGUAGAGGAGGAAGGGCCAGCAGUUUCUAAUAAAGAGCUGGGAGAGUGGCUGAGACGGCACCCAACAUACACCAUGGACAUGGCUGGAUUUACACCAAAGAGUGAGGACUUACUGCUGUCUCAGUUUGCUAAGCCCAAACAGAAGCGUCACCGCUGUCGAAACCCCAACAAGAUUGACAUCAACACCCUGACUGGAGAAGAGAGGGUGCCUGUGGUCAACAGACGCAAUGGACGCAAGAUGGGGGGGGCCAUGGCUCCACCAAUGAAAGAUCUUCCCAGAUGGUUGCUGGAGAAUCCAGAGUUUUCUAUUGCCCCUGAUUGGACAGAGAUUGUCAAACAGUCGGGUUUCCUCCCAGAAGCCAUGUUCGACCGCCUUCUGACUGGUCCUGUAGUAAGGGAGGAGGGUGUCCGUCGUCGGGGACGACGACCCAAAUCUGAGAUUGCCAAGGCGGCGGCCGCUGCCCAGGCAGCAGCAGCUCAGGCUGCCCAGGCAUCACUGGCCUCUGCUGCUUCAUCUGCAGGAGGCAUCAACCCUCUGCUGCUGAACAGUCUGUUCGGAGGGAUGGACCUGUCGUCCCUUCAGAGCCUCCAGUCUCUCCAGUUGGCUGCUGGUCUGAUGGCCUUCCCUCCACCCACUGACCCCAAGCAGGCUGCUGCAAGCGCCGCCGCCGCCGCCUCCAUGCUGCCCCUCAUGCUGCCCGGCAUGGGAGGCCUGCCCAACAUGGCUGCCGCCCUCCCCAAUAUGUUCAGCCUAGGUGGACUGUUUGGUGGUAGCUUGACGACAGCCGCUACAGCACAAUCCAACUCAGCUGUCGCCAUUGCAUCAGGAAACACCAAUGGAACAAUGGAAGGAGAGAGUGACGAGACAGUGAAGGCAAAGAAGAAGAGAGAGGGAGAGGAAAAAGAGGAUGGAGAAAAUUGUGAGGAGGAGCAGGAGGAGUCUGUGGAGGAGGGAGAAGUGAAGAAGUCAAAAAAGAAGAAGGAGGGAGCAGCAGAGAAAAUGGAGAAAUCAGUUAAUAAUGCCGCUGCAGCUCCCCAGAUCCCAGCUGCUGAUUCAUCAGCUGAGGCAAACAUCAACGGUGAUGCAGCAGCCCUGUUAGCUGCAGCCGGCAUGUCUGCCAAUUCUCUAGCAUUCAACCCAUUCCUCCUCUCCACCAUGGCUCCAGGCCUUCUCUACCCCUCCAUGUUCCUACCUCCAGCCCUCGGGGGGCUCAGCCUGCCUGGCUUCCCCACCGCCACCACCCUCGCCGAGCUGCAAAGCGCCAUGGCCGGUGCGCUGGGGGGCAACAUCAUGACCAUGAACCCCCAGAGAGAAGAGAAAAAAGGAGGAACGAAAGCUACAGGAGCGGAGGAGGAGGAGGGGGAGGAGGAGGAGGAGGAAGAAGAGGAAGAGGAGGAGGAGGAAGAAGGUGGAGAGAGUGACUUGGCUGAGGAAAAGGAGGGUGAAGUGGAGGAGGAGACAAGAGGUGAGGUUUCAGCCCUGGAGGAUGGAGGAGAGGAGGAGGAGGAGGAGGAGAAGGCAGCGUCUCCACAGAAGGACGAGAGUGACUGAAAUCAAACACAGAACUGACUGGCCUCAGACAUUUCCUCACCUCAGAUCUCUCUCGCUCCUCCCCCUCACCACGUUUACACACCACCACCAGAAAUAUCCAAACUAGUAUGAAUUUUUUUCCUUUACAUUGUUGUUGGUGAUUUCUCUCACUCUUGUUUUGCUUUUGUUUUUUUGGCCAGCUAUAUUAAAUCAGAGAGGACGAGGUGUGUGAGUUAAGUUCAAUCUCUCUGAUCGAUUCUGUAGUCAGGGAAAUCCACAAAUCUUCAAAGACUGUUUUUCUCUCUGGUUGGCCUGUGUGCACUGUGAACGGUGCACCCUCACUUUUCUCUCCCACAAUCCCUCAAAUAGGACUUCACGAGGUUCCAAUAGUACUAUUAUUAUUGUUAUUAUUAUUAUUAUUAUUAUUAUUAUUAUUAUUAUUAUUAUUAUUGCUGCUUUCAGCUCUGAGAUCUUUAUUUUAUAUUUCUGCUUCCUCCUUCUUCGUCUGGACUGUUUUGUUGUUGGUUAUUGGCAGCAUCUCAUCUGAAGGAGGAGAAAUGCCCACUAGCAGCUUUUUUUCUAACAUCAGUUCUCAAAAAACAGCAUUACAGCUAAUCCAGCUGUCUGUCUGACAAAGCUGCUACAAAAGGGAUUGUGGGUAAUGGAGUUGAUUGAGCUGUUUUGUUUCAGAGCAGGUUUUAAGUUCUCACAUAUCAGACCAGGUUGACUCUAAGGAGGAAAACGAAACUAGACUGGCCUAAAACUCAGUCUCACACACUGACUACCACAACACACACACAUCCCAACACAUGCUUGGUCAUCAGCUGCACACACAUGCACACUCACACCUUUAGUUUUUCAAGUCCACCACUACACACACUAACCUCUCUAACCCUCUCUGUUUUGUGACUGUUUCUGGGUGGACUCGUCCUUGCAGCUGUUUUCCUUUUGAGUUUGUGUGUGUGCUUGUGCGUGUAAGCAUGCAUGCUGAAUCAAUAUCAUUAAUCCCAGUCCCACACUGUUUGAAUACCAGUCUUGAAUCUUUCCACUGCCACAUCUGAAUCCUGUCCCUCUCCCUCUUUGCCGGCGGCUGGUUUUGGCUCAUGGGUGGCAGGAGGGCUGGUCUGCCCCCAGUCAGGCCUUCUGAUUGGUCCACUUCAUGCCACCAGAACCAGCCAUCGCUGUUUGGAGGUUUCUGUGAAUGGGUUCGGAGCGGUGGUCCACACAGGGAUGUGUUGUUUCAGGUUUAUUCUUUAAAGGGGGCACAUGAGAUGGUCGAUUUUCCCGGUCACUGCCACGUUGAAAUACUUUUUUAUUCUUAUUUGUAUUGUUUUCCUUCAUAUCCCGGUAGCUUCAGACCAAGUGCUGCUCCCUAGUGACCCUCUCUUUAAAGACUGUUUCUCUAGUCACACACACUGACACCAGGCCUGGCCUAAACAGGACUGAGACGCAAUUUCAACAGAGUUGGAAAUUCACAAGUUUCUGUAUGAAGUUCAACUCUGGUCGUUGAGUGUUGAAUACUUGAAAAGUGCGAGUGGUGCUUGAUAUGUUUCUAUUUCUAAGGCCAGUUUAAGUGUCUGAAAUAAAUCAAGUGCCGCCAGUAGUUCAAACAUUUGAAAGUACAUUCGAACACACACUGUGGCCAGGUCUCAUUAACAUUUGCUAUCACAGCCAGCCCAGCAGAUGCAGAGAGGGAGAACUGGGAGAGCGGGAGGGGGAGAGAUCUUUGUUGGCCCUCGGAGCCACCCUCCCUGUCAGAGCCCCUCGUUCUCCUCUCUAAUGCUGAGACAGCAAUAACCAAGGCAGCUUUUGAAUGUUCCAACAUCACUCUCCACACACACACAGACACACACAGACACACACACACACACACACACACACACACACUAUAUGAAUAACCACAAGUGUCGUAUGAAUAGAAAAACAAAACUAAAACUGUAAAUGAUGACAAAGAAGUACUGCAAUCAAUUUUGUCUCACUCUGUUCCUGUUGAUGCACUGGUGUUAAAGAGUUAAAAUAAUCAGGUACCUUUAUUACUUAGCUACUUUUCUUGAAAAAAUGGACUUUUUGUUACUUUUAGCCAGCAAGCUGAAGAGCAUUACCUCAAAAUUCUUAUCUAGCCUUGAAGUUUACAGACAUACCAUGUAAAUGUUUUGUUUUUUCCCUCUUUUUUUUUUUUUUGGUGUUUGUCGUUUUUGUUUUGUUUUUUUGGAGACAUCAUGUAUGAUGAAUUGUAGCUAUGAUGCUUUUAAUAAAAGUGAAUCAUGAUAUUCGCCUAGGAAACCAAA